AUGCUACAGAUUGAAGGGGCUAGAGAAACCACUCCUGAAACCCCCAAAGAACAUCAAGAAACAACACCCAAGCUUCCCCCAGCUCCAACAAAAAUUCAUCCAGACGCCGAGGAAGCUGCUGCCCUGUUGAUGAUGGCACGGACAGCAAGCUAUGUUCCUAAAACAGAUCUGCCGAUGCCAUCAUUCAGCCUUGGAUUGACAGAUUCAAGCCAGGAGGGGGCAUCGACGCAGGACACCGAAAGGGAAAAAUCUCCAGAAGCUGCAACUAUGCUGGAACAAUUGGACAGUUUGGUCCAAAAGUUAGCAGGCAGUGCGUCAAAGGGAAAAGACGAAAGUCCGCAAAUUCGGAGGGAGACUGGGGGAGAAAGUUCUGCUAAGUUGGAAACACCGGGGGGAACAAAUCAAAAUCUGGAUGAUAUGAAAGAAAAGUGCUACAUCUGGGGGACGAGAGUGAAGGAGGAUGCAAAGGGCAACAGUAACGAGUUUGAGGAGAUAUGCACUCUGACUGGCCAAGGACAGUACAUUUUGAUGAGAACGCACCUUGCAUCCCUCCAGGCAAACAGUGAUAUAGAAUGUCAGAAAAAGAAAAAGAGGUUUCAUGCACAAAUAUACUGUCUCCCCCCAGAUAUUGUGAGCAUGGCACUUUCUGAUCACCCAAACGGGGAAUUCAUAUCUCCAAAAACGAACAAAGAAUUCAGGGUGGAAGCCUACCCCAAUUUCAUUCCCUUCAUAGAUAGGAAAAAAUUAAGUUCGCAUCCAUAUAUUUUUGCUCCUGUUUGCCACACGGGACAUUGGUGGUUGUGGCUAAUAAAUACAAGAACGCGGAAAUGUCAAAUACUUGACCCGCUACACAAAAAAGCUCCAAGCCCUCAGAGAAAGCAGCUUAAUAAAUUCACUGGAUAUGUAUUUUCGAGAUUGAUAGCAUAUGCCGGCGGGAAACCUCUCGAGAAAGGCGAGAAGGAGAAGGAAAUUAAAGCAUCAUAUGUUAAAAUUUCAGGCCAAAAAACAAGCUAUGACUGCGCUAUUUACGUAAUGAAGUGGCUUGAGUUAAUAGAGCCGGAAAACAUUAAAAAGGGGAAGUAUGAAUGGGAUAACUGGACACAGGAGGAGGUGGACCACUACAGAGUGGAGUAUGCUUCCCGGAUACUAUUCAGUGAGAUGAAUAAACAGAGAGAUCGGGCAAUUAGAGAGAGUAGUGCUAUAAGGCUGUCGAAGCCAUCCUCUGUAUUAUUGAGUCCGUUUUGUCAGAUUAAUUCUGAGGAUGUAAAUGGGUAG